AUGGGGCCAUUUUCCCCAUCCUUCUCUAAUCAAUACAUAUUAGUGGCUAUGGACUACGUAUCAAAGUGGGUAGAGGUCGUUGCACUACCUACCAAUGAUGGGAACGUGGUGAUUGAGUUUCUAAAGAAACAUAUUUUUACCCGCUUUGAAACACCGAGGGCUAUUAUCGCCACUGCAUACCGUCCCCAAACCAGUGGACAGGUCAAAGUGUCCAAUAGACAAUUAAAGCGAAUACUCGAAGUCACGAUAAGUUCAUCACGAAAGGAUUGGUCUAAGAAAUUAGACGACGCCUUGUGGGCCUAUAGGACUGCAUUCAAGACUCCUAUAGGAAUGUCACCAUAUCGACUGAUUUUCGGGAGAGCAUGCCACUUACCUCUUGAGAUAGAACAUCACACUUACUGGGCAAUGAAGAAAUUGAAUUUGGAUUUGAAGGCUGCAGAUCUCAUUGAAUACUCUCAUAUGCCCGAAGCUUGCUUGAGGGAACUUCAAGUUUUCUCGAUGAUGAUGUCCCCAAAGCGUACAUCAAAGGGAAAGGAGAAAGUUGGUUCCACAUCUGGCAUAGCCCGGAUUAGGGAACCCGAAGGGGGAGCCCGUUUUGAACUGGUUUAUCUAGUCCACAAAUGCGGGUGGGAGAAGGUGAUUGAAAGACCAUACCCGUCUAUGAAAACUUGGUACGGGAAUUCUAUGCAAAUUUCAAUGUUGAAAUAG